CAAGCCCCGACUGGCCCUCACAGCAAGCCUAGCAUAGAAGUCCACUCAUCUGCUAGACGGAUCAGCGCUGCGCUCACACCCACUCGUCUGGCUGUUCUUCACCCAAGCAGCCGACUUCACCACCACGACUACACUUCAGAGAGGUGUCUAACGCUAACAGCCUGCACACACGUUCUCAUACAUAACAGCUCAAAAUGAAUCUUGAGCCACCCAAAGCUGAGAUCAAGUCAGCCACCCGCGUCAGCGGAGGCCCCGCCACCCCACGCAAGGGACCCCCCAAGUUCAAGCAGAGGCAGACUCGUCAGUUCAAGAGCAAGCCUCCAAAGAAGGGAGUCCAGGGAUUUGGAGAUGAUAUCCCUGGAAUGGAGGGCUUAGGCACAGACAUCACUGUCAUUUGCCCGUGGGAGGCCUUCAAUCACCUGGAGCUGCAUGAGCUGGCCCAGUAUGGUAUCAUCUGAGCCUUCCCACAUCUCCCUGCAAUCCCCUGAGGAUUACAGACCACCUUCAUGCACUUCAAACCAUCUGCCUCAGGAUCCAUCUCCUAUCUUUAUGUGGAACUACUGAACCAUUAUGAACUGUAACAAACACAAAAAAAUGGAAAAAGAGAAAAAAAAAAGCCACACAAAAAAAACUCUUUCUCUUUUCUAACUCUGGAUUCUUUCUGUGAUUCUGCAGCUCACACACAUCUGCUCAUGUUUAGCGUCUGUUCUUUUUAAAAUCUCACCACUUCUCGCAGUAGACCUGCACCGUCGCCCGGCCGCUCUCCUCUCUUUCACUUUCUCUGUCUCUCUCCUUCCUUUUUCUUCUUUCCUGUUGUCCUCGCGGACAAAAAACAAAACGAAACUUACGCAAGCAAGGCAGCCUCAAUUUGAGUUUAAGUGACAGACCCGUGAAGUGGGUGGGUUCCCAUUUCAUGUGCUUCGGCGCCUCUCUCGCCAUCUCAGAGGCUUUUUCCAUCGACGCCGAAUCUAUAAAACUCUAAACCUGAAUUCUGUAGAGAGCGGACACCAGCUUGCUAUUGCUAAGCAUAACAUUUCAAUGGGAUAUGCGUUAAUCAGAUAUCCCUCUUUUCCCUCUGUUUUGACCUUUAACUGCACCCAUCUUCACCAGAAUGCACAAAUCUUCACCCUCAUGGUAUCUGGAAGUCUUCUGUUAGUUAUGGCAUGUGAAGAACAACCUCUCACCUCAUUUUCACAACACAAACUAAGAAAUAAGCCGCUUUAAUCUCACCUUAGCAGAUUUUAAAUGUUGAGGAAACCAAUUUCUUCUCUUCAACUACCAGGAGUGUGAGUGUCUCCAUCAUUUUCCACACUUUUGUACUCUGUUAACAUUAUCGCUAUUUGUAUAUCUCCCAUAUAAAUCAGUGUAUAUGAAUCUAUGUAUUGUAUAUUUAAUACGUGUUUAUUUCUAAUACUUUCACACACCACUACUGUGCCCUGUGUGUGUGUUUGUGUAUUUGUGUUUUUGAGCUCAUUAUUUUUAGCUCUCAUUUGUUGGUCUCAUGUAGAGUAGGUUGUACAUUUUUCCUCACUGUCCAUCAUUCGGUAUGAUGUUUAUUUUAUUUCAGCUCUACAGUCCUCUUUAUCCCUGUCAUCUUUUUGGCCCUUACCCCAAACUUGUGUCUUUCAAAACAUUAAUCUAAUCGAGACAAUGCUGACAAGCUUUGACGAUGUAAAGCUGGUGGAUGCACUGUAGUAGUGAAAAAGAUGGCAGAGGGAUGAGUGGGAUGGAUGUUUCAGUACAGAUCUGAAGACAUGUGUAGUGGAGCGUUGUCCUCUCUACAGGACGAGGGAUAAAAAUAAAGCAUAAAAAGAGGAAAAUAAAAAA